AUGGCCCCCACCCCCCCCCUCCCCCCGCCAACCCACGCCCCCACGCCCCCUCCCGCCCACCACUGUCCCCCCCCCCCCCCCCCCCGAACCCCGUCGCACUCCCCCGCUCCCUCCCCCCCCCUCUCCCCCUAUCUCCCCCCCACCCAUCCCCCCCCCCAACCAACCCCCCCCACCCCCCUCCAACACCCUUCCUUCCCUCCCUCCCCCCCCCCCCCCUCCUCCCCCACACUACCCCCCACCGCCCUCCACUCCACUGCCCCACCCACCCUCUCCCCCACCCCCCCACCCCCCAGCACCACCCACCCGCCCAGCCACCCCGCCCCUCGCCCCCCCCGACCCCCGCCCACCCCUCCCGCCCGCCGCGCCGCGUCCAGCUCCCCACCCCCUCCCCCUCUCCCCGCCCUCCCCCCCUCCCCCCCCCCACCCGCAUCCCCUCUCGCCCCCUCCCACCUUCGCCCCCCCCCCCUCUCCCGAACUUCCCGCCCCGCCCCCUCCCCCACAUUUACGCCUCCCCCCCCCUCCCCCCACCCCCGCUCACUCCACGCCUCACCCCGCACAACCCCCCCUCCUGCCACCCCUACCCCCCCCCCACCCGCCCCCCCACCCCCCCGCCCCCGCUCCCCUCCUCCCCUCCACCUACCCCCACUCCCCCCCCCCUCCCCCCUCUCCCGCGCCCCCCCAUCCCCGCCCGCCCCCUCCCCGCCCCCCUCCCCCCCCGCCACACUUCCUCCCCCGCCGUCUCCUUCCUCCUCCCCUCCCGCGCCCACCACCGACCAACCCUCCUCGACGCUCCCUCCCGUCCCACCACUCCACCCCGUCAACCGCACAUCGUCCUCCACCCCCCCCUCGCCUGGACACCCCGAACCUCCCUCACCCUCCCCCCCCCCCCCCUCCCCCCACGCCACCCCCCCCCCCUCCCACCCAACCCACCACGCGGCCACCCCCCCCCCCCCCCCGCCCGCCCCAGGGCCCCCCCCCCCCCCCCCCCACCACCCCCCCACCCCCCCCCCCCCGCCUCCCCUCCCCCCCCACCUCCCCGCCCGCCCCCCCCCCCACGCCCGCCCCCCCCCCCCCCCCCCCCCACCCCCCCGCCCCCCCCCCUCCCACCUCCCUACCGCCCCCCCCCCCCCCCCGACCCACCCACGCCCCAACCGCCACCCCGUGGGGGGGGGGAGGGGGGGGGGUGAUUGGGGGGGGGGGUGGGAGGGGGGGGGGGGUGUGGUGGUGGGGUGGGAGGGAGGUUGGGGGAUUUGGGGGGGGGGUGUGUGGGUGGGUGGGUGGGUGGGGGGGGGGUGGGGGGUUGGGGGGUGGGGGGGGGGGGGAGGAAGGGGGGGGGGGGGGGGGGGUUUUGUGUGGGGGUGGGGGGGAGGGGGGGUGGGGGUGGCGGUGGGGGGGGGGGAGGGGGGUGGGGGGGGGGGGUGA